AUGAUAUGGAUCGUGUCGCAAAUGGUGUAUCCUGUUCAGGCACCGGGGUAUAUAUCUACCAAUUUCCUUGGAAGCUCUAUAACCUUCGUCUUGACAGCACUGGACUUGCUGCUGAUCAACCCUCAAGACGGGCGAGAUUUCGUCGACGCCAAUGGAAACACUAAGAGCUUCUUAUCUCGUCUAGUCGAUGCUGUUCAGCUACUCACAUGCACGCGAGCGGUCAACACACCCCGACAAGUGAAGAACGUCCCACCCUUCCCAGCAUACUACAUCAAGAGAGAUCCAAAUGGGAUCCCACGAGGUCGCUUCUUGGUUAGAGAAACUGCUAUCGCUAUCUGGCAGUUUCUAGUUCUAGAUAUAUUUAGUGUGUUGGCUUUGCAACACGCCAUGAAUGACCAAGACGAAGAAUGGUCAAUUUCUUCUAGCCAUCAAUGGGAUAUUCCCGGGCGAGAGUGGAUAGCACAGGCUGUUCAGACUCUCAUCACUUGGUUCGUCGUGUCUCGAAUCUUACUUAGCUUCUACUACCGUGUUGCUUCGAUCAUCUUUGUGAGCCUGGGGGAUUCUCCCUCGAACAGUCCGCCGCUUAUUGGGAGAAUGGCAGAUAUCUAUACGCUACGAAACUUCUGGGGAAAAUUCUGGCAUCAAAUGCUACGACAGCCCCUCACAUCAACUAGCAACUUUCUAGCGCGGGAUGUCCUCUGUCUGCCUAGAUCAUCGUUCGUGGAACGAUACACAAACGUGUUCGUCGUUUUCUUUCUCUCCGGUUUAAUCCAUGUUGUACUCGAUAGUUUGCGAAACGUUUCACCAUGGAAUCCUUGGACUAUGUCAUUUUUCCUCUCUUUCGUUGUCGCCUAUAUGAUAGAAGACGGUGUUCAGGCUUUCUGGAAACGAACACAGGGCUCUCAGAACAAUAUCAGCUUGCCGGCGUGGUGGCACAAGGCCCUUGGCUAUUGCUGGGUUGUUGCAUGGCUGGGUGUUACAUCUCCUUGGUAUUUUAGGUCGGCGAUGCUAAAGCCGGAAGAACAGAUGGUCUUGGUUCCUUUCAGCGUUACUGGGCUCAUCAACCUUUCUUUGUUGAAAAAUAUAGUCAUUGGCGGUGGUCUUGUGUUGAAGUUUGUAUUCGAGGGAGAGAUUUGA